ACAUUUCAGGCCCGGCUCCCAACAGCCUGCGGUCUGCGUUCGCGAGCAGUCGCAGCCGCAAAGAUGGCGCUCAGAAUCAACAUUCCUCCAGCGACCCGUGUCUGUCUCAUCAGUCUCAUCACUCUCUCGUUCCUGUACAACAUUGCUCGAUGGCGCCAGCUCGACACAACCCCGGGCACUCCUGCCGUCUCUCCGGCGGUCCCCUACCUGACCCUCGUCCCUUCACAGUUCAUUUUCUACCCGUGGACGCUCCUUACGGCAACAUUUGUCGAGCAGAAUAUUUUCACCGUUCUGCUGAACCUGGCGACGCUUUUCUAUGGCGGGAAGUACCUGGAGCGCGCAUGGGGUUCGCGGGAGUUCACCAAGUUCAUUGUCACCAUCGCGCUUGUACCGAACGUUGUGAUCGUGCCAUGCUAUCUUUUUUGGGCUGCAAUCAGUGGUGGUUCGGGCUCAGGUUCGGGUGCGGGUUCGACUCCGCAUAGCGGGUACGCCUUGUUCUCGUCUUCGUCCUCGUCCUCUGAUGAGGCAUGUACAACUGCAUGCACAUUUCCUGCUGACUCGGCUCUGUCCAGUGUGACACAAAUCUGCGGCGGCAUCUCGAUUCAAGCUUCCUUCCUCGUCGCUUUCAAGCAGCUCGUUCCAGAACACACGGUGACUAUUUUCAAAGGCCUGGUCAAAAUGCGAGUGAAACACUUCCCGGCUGUCUUUCUGCUCCUGAAUACCCUCAGCGGAAUUAUCGUAGGAACCCGUGUGGCGGCUACACUGGCAUGGUUCGGUCUAAUAACAAGCUGGACUUAUCUCCGCUUUUACAAACGGCAGCCCGACCUCACUGGCACGUCUACCGACGGCGUCGGAAUCAAGGGCGACGCAAGCGAGACAUUUGCGUUCAAGUGCCUCUUCCCCGACAAAAUCCAGCCACCAAUCGGCUUGGUCUCUGACACUAUCUACUCGUUCCUUGUCUCGCUGAAAAUAUGCACCCCCUUCUCAGCGGAAGAAAUAGCCUCGGGGAAUCAGCAGGCUCUCGCACGAGGAGAAGCCGGUCUCCCCAGCCUCCUCAGUAACCGCAGUGGCCGAAGCAUGGCCAAGCGCGAGGAAGCCGAGCGGCGCCGAGCCGUCGCCCUCAAGGCUUUGGACCAAAGACUCCAGGCUGCCGUUGCGGCACGCGCCCAUCCCGGCACGAGCGCUUCUAGCCCGAAUCAGCCGCCAACCCAAACAGCUACGCCGUCGGUUCCGGGGCAGACGAUGCUAGGUGAAACCAGCUAUACACCUGACCAUGCGUAA